AUGUCACGUCCGCUAUCGAAACACCCAUAUGCAACACCAGAAUAUCCACAAAACUUCAUAGCUGAAUUUCGGAAUAAAUUAAAAUGUUACCAAGAUGACGAGGAGCGUCUACGGGAAGAGCUAAAGGACUUGAUUGAUGAUAAUCCAAUCGAAGAAGAAGCGAGCGAUGCUGAAGAUUCUGAUACAGGAUCGAAGAAAAGGAAAAAACACGAUGAUGAGUUAGACGAUCGUUUGGAAGAUGAUGACUAUGACUUGAUUGAAGAGAACUUAGGUGUGAAAGUUGAAAGAAAGAAACGGUUCAAACGGCUUAGACGCCUUCAAGAAGAAAGUGACGGCGAAGAAGAUCAUGUUGACGAGGGCUUGGCCAGAGAAGCUAUUGCGGAACAACUUUUCGAUGAAGACGACGAGAACGCAGAAAGACGAUCUGAACGUAGCAAUAAAGAGCAAGAGACCUAUGAAGAAGAGGAAGAAUCUGAUUCAGAUGCAGAUGAUUUUAUUGUUGACGAUGAAGGCCGCCCAAUAGCAGAGAAGAAGAAAAAGCGAAGACCAAUAUUUACCGACGCGUCAUUGCAAGAAGGUCAAGAUAUAUUCGGCGUGGAUUUUGAUUACGACGAUUUUGCCAAAUAUGAAGAAGAUGAAUAUGAAGAUGAAUCCGAAGGUGAUGAAUACGACGAAGAUGUCGGUGAGGAAGCUCGAGGAAGGAGUAAAAAGAAAACACAAAAAAAAAAAGUUUCCAAGAAAACAAUUUUUGAUUUAUACGAACCGAGUGAGCUGAAACGAGGGCAUUUCACAGACUUGGAUAAUGAAAUUCGAAAAACUGAUAUACCAGAGCGUAUGCAGUUAAGGCAAGUACCAGUUACGCCGGUUGCCGAAGGGUCAUCUGAAUUAGACGAUGAAGCUGAAUGGAUAUACAAGCAGGCUUUUUGCAAGCAAAAUGUCUCUCAGCAAGAAUCCUUGGAAACAAGUCGUGAUAAACAUAAAAAGCCAAUAAGUUCUGUUGGAAAAAUUAAGCAGACCUUAGAGUUUAUUAGAAACCAGCAACUGGAGGUACCUUUCAUAGCUUUUUACAGAAAGGAAUACGUCAAACCCGAGCUAAAUUGCGAAGAUUUAUGGAAGAUAUAUUAUUAUGAUGAACGAUGGUGUCAGCUUUUUAACAGAAAAAAUAAAUUGAAACUGUUAUUUGAAAAUAUGCGUGCCUUUCAGAAGUCAAAUGAUAGCGACAAUCCGACUCCAGACGGUAUUCGAUUUAUUCAAGAUGAGGAUUUAGAGAGGUUAAAGGAGGUUCAAACAAUGGAGGAGUUGAAAGAUGUUCAUAUGCAUUUUUUGCUUCAUUACUCGCAUGAAAUACCCAGAAUGCAAGACGAAAAUAGAAAGACAGAAAAAGAACAAAAACGACUCGCCAGAGAAGAACUACGACAAAACCUCCAAGAAGGGGAGGAAAUACAUCAAAAUUUUGAUGAUGAUAUAGAAGAGAGUGAAGAGCAGCUGAAACAAGCAAAAGAUUCAGGUCCCUACGCAAUGUGCCGCAAAGCGGGUAUAUGUGGAUUUGCCAAAAAGUUUGGUUUAACACCUGAACAGUUCGCUGAAAAUUUGAGAGACAGUUAUCAGCGGCAUGAAGUUGCCCAAGAGUCUGCUGGCCCAUCGGACGUAGCAAAGCAGUAUUUAUGCCCCAAAUUUGUUACUGUUGAAGAAGUAUUACAUGCUACUAAAUUCGUUGUUGCUCGCCAAUUAUCCAGAGAACCCCUCCUCAAGAAAUGUGUACGUGAGGUCUUCUUUGAACGCGCUAAAAUAGACGUUCGACCAACCAAAAAAGGAUUGAAGGAAAUCGAUGAGAAUCAUCCUUGUUAUACUAUGAAAUAUGUCACAAAAAAACCUGUUAAGGAUUUGGCUGGCGAACAAUUUUUAAGACUUUCUAUGGCCGAAGAAGAUAAGUUAAUCGAAAUAACAAUAUCUGAUCAUAUUGAUGGGAAUACUUCGAAUUCGUAUAUUGAUGAAGCUAAACAACUUUACCAGAGAGAUGAAUUUUCAAAAGUGGUUCAAGAGUGGAACUCGUUACGAGCCGAAUGUGUUGAACUUGCAUUAAACAUUAUGGUUAUUCCUGAUUUGCGCAAGGAAUUGAAAACAGUUCUUCUUAAUGAAGCAAAACAGUUCGUUUUGAAGUCAUGCUGCUUAAAGUUAUCAAACUGGUUAAAAGUAGCACCAUAUCGCCCAGACAUUGCUGAUGAGUAUAUGUUCGACGACUGGAGUUAUGCUAAGGGAAUCCGAGCAAUGGCUAUAGCAUAUGUUCCUGAUUAUUCACAAGCUGCUUUUUGUGCUGUAACGACUGUUGAAGGAGAUGUCAGUGAUUAUUUGCGCUUACCACACAUUCUAAAACGCAAAAACUCUUACCGUUUAGACGAAAAAGCUUUAAAAUUGUCUGAUUUAAAAAACUUGAAAGAAUUUAUUCAAAAUAAAAAGCCGCAUGUUAUAGCAAUUGGAGGUGAAUCCAGAGAAGCGCAAAUGUUGAGAAACGACGUCCAUGAAAUAGUUAAAGAACUAUCAGACGAAGAUCAAUUUCCAAUGAUUUCUGUUGAGAUAGUGGAUAAUGAACUUGCUAAAAUUUAUGCUAAUUCAAAAAAGGGAGCAUCAGACUUUAAGGAAUAUCCGGAUUUAUUAAAGCAAGCAGUAUCAUUGGCACGAAAAAUGCAGGACCCGCUUGUUGAAUAUUCCCAACUGUGCAGUGCUGAUGAAGAAAUUUUAUGCCUACGAUACCAUUCCCUGCAAGAACAAUUAUCAAAAGAAGAUAUGUUAGAACACUUGUAUAUAGAAUUCAUAAAUCGCACAAAUGAGGUGGGCUUGGACAUAAAUUUAACUGUGCAGAACUCUUACACUCAAAAUUUGGUGCAAUUUAUUUGUGGAUUAGGACCACGCAAAGGACAAGCAUUAAUAAAACUACUUAAACAGUCGAACCAAAGACUUGAAAAUCGUACUCAAUUAGUCACACUGUGCCACUUAGGUCCAAAGGUAUUUAUAAAUUGUUCCGGUUUUAUUAAAAUAGAUACAAGUUCUCUUGGUGAUAGCACUGAAGCCUAUGUAGAAGUUCUAGAUGGCUCCCGAAUACAUCCAGAAACCUACGAAUGGGCCAGAAAAAUGGCUAUUGAUGCAAUGGAAUAUGAUGACGAAGAAGCAAACCCUGCUGGUGCUCUAGAGGAAAUCCUAGAAUCCCCAGAAAGACUUAAGGAUCUGGAUUUAGAUGCAUUUGCUGUAGAAUUAGAAAGGCAAGGGUUUGGUAACAAGAGUAUUACUCUGUAUGACAUUCGUACAGAACUCAACGCCUUAUACAAAGAUCUUAGAACGCUUUAUCGCUCCCCAAACUCUGAGGAACUGUUUGAUAUGCUGACUAAAGAAACUCCAGAGUCAUUUUAUGUAGGAAAAAUGGUUUUGGCUACAGUUACUGGAAUAUCUCAUAAGAAACCUCAAGGAGAUCAACUUGAUCAAGCAAAUCCUGUAAGAAACGAUGAGACUGGGCACUGGCAGUGCCCCUUUUGUUUAAAAGAUGACUUUCCUGAGUUGUCCGAAGUAUGGAAUCACUUUGAUGCUGGUGCUUGCCCUGGUCAAGCGACUGGAGUCAAACUUCGUUUGGACAAUGGGCUCUCCGGGUUUAUUCAUAUUAAAAAUCUGUCCGAUAGGCACGUUUUGAAUCCAGAGGACCGUGUUCAAAUAGGUCAAGCGAUACAUGUGCGCAUUAUUAAAAUCGACGUAGAACGAUUUUCGGUCGAUUGCUCUUCUAAAAGCUCUGACUUAAUGGAUAAAAACCAUGAGUGGAGACCGCGAAAAGAUGUAUUCUAUGAUUACGAAGCAGAGGAGAAGGAUAAUAGAAAAGAAAAUGAGCAAAAGCAAGUGAGAUCAAAACAGCAAUACGUAAAGCGAGUAAUUAUUCACCCUUCUUUCCAUAACAAAUCCUAUGCAGAAGUUGUGAAAAUUAUGGAAAAUAUGGAUCAAGGGGAAGUAAUCGUACGGCCUUCAAGCAAGGGUUCCGAUCAUCUCACUGUGACAUGGAAGGUUACAACUGGAAUUUAUCAACACAUUGACGUCCGAGAAGAAGGAAAAGAAAAUGCUUUUAGUUUGGGUCAAAGCUUGUGGAUUGGCAAUGAAGAAUUUGAGGACCUGGAUGAAAUUAUUGCCAGGCAUGUAAACCCAAUGGCAUCAUGCGCAAGAGAACUUCUUACAUAUAAAUAUUAUAGAGACACAGGUGGCGGUGUUAAAGAUAAAAUGGAAGAACUACUUAAAGAGGAAAAGGCUAAAGACUCUAAGAAAAUACAUUAUUUCAUAUCAGCCUCAAAGUCUUAUCCAGGGAAAUUUUUGCUAUCGUAUUUACCCAAAACAAAAUGUAGGCAUGAAUAUGUAACGGUUAUCCCGGAGGGUUUCCGUUUUAGAGGACAAAUUUUUGAUUCACUGAAUUCACUCUUAAAAUGGUUUAAGGAUCAUUACUCAGAUCCUGUCAUAGCAAACACUCCGACUUCUACACCAAAUGCUUCGGGCAGCAUCAGAACAUCAGGAUAUGAUACUCCUAGAGGAAACCUGGAUUUAAGAACUGAGCAACAUAUAUCACAAUCAUCAGCAAUUCACACCCCACAUUAUCCAAAUACUCCUGGAUAUCAAGGAGGGUAUGUAAAUACUCCGUAUACUCCCAGCGGGCAAACGCCAUUUAUGACACCAUACAAUACACCAUAUGCUUCACAAACUCCUCGAUACACUCAUAAUACACCAAGCCCUAAUUCCUCCUCUUCACAUAUAAACUAUCAUCGUUCAGCAAAUACCAAGCAAAUCAAAGAUAAUAGUUUGUAUCAAGGAAUUUCCCCUAGAAUGGAAUUAGAGCAAAGCAAAAAUCACAUUUAUUCUUCUCAAAAAGAGAGCGCCGAAUGGCAAAUGGCGUCAGAAUCAUGGGCAAGACGUAAACCAGUGCAUUCCGCGCCACAUAUGCCACGAACAGUUGGAAACGAUUUUUCAAGAAGCGCAAAUUACUCUGUUCCGACGACUAAUGAUAUGUCAUCUGCAUUUAAUCAGCUUUCAGAUGAACGCUUCCGACUAAGGAACCAUAAAAGUCCACGAUCUAUUCGCAGUACGCCCCGUACAAAUACUUCCCCCCAUUCGAUGAACUUGGGCGAUUCUACGCCUCUAUACGACGAGAAUUGACUACUUAAUCAUUAUGAAUGAAAUGGUAACUCUCUUUUUUAUGAAGGCACACUCAGAUAUCUGAAAAUUUUGUCCGAUUUUUAACUUAAGUUUGAACGAUUUACAUUAAAAAAAUUUCUAAAGAAUAUCCCUCGAUAAAUGUAUUUCGUUGAACAUUUGUUUGGUGAGUAAAUUAUGUCCUUAGAGCAGGGCAUGUCUCAAAUCAAUGAAAAGUUUAAUCUCAUCGUUAAUGCAUCUUGGGGAAAUCACCUGAUGACAAUUUGGGAAACUUGGAUUUGAAUGAAAUUCGAAGACAAAUUGUUUGAGAGCAAACUGUGCACCUUAGCUUUUUUUUAAGUAAUGAGAUAAAUGUUAAUAAAUUUUACAAACUUUGUAAAUGUACAUAUAUGUAUACUUUUUAAUAAGAGUACAUAAAAUAGUGCAAAUACAUACAUAUAUACUUUAGAAUAAUUCCCAAAUCAAAAUACGUAACAUCUAUUAAUUUAAAACAUUGAUUCUGCAUUUCUAAUGUUCUUAUAAAGCCCUUAUUAAAGUUUAAAUGUACAUAUGUGUUCUCAUAAUAACCUUUUUAACAAAUGUACUACAUACGGGUAUAUGUAGCUAUUAUAUAAGAAAAUUUGUUUGUAUUACGCUAUUAAAAUUUUCAUCACAUUCUGAUGUUUGCAGCGUUAUUCAUUUAAGUUUUAUCUAUUGGUUUGAUAUACUUUGGAUUUCAUUCCAUUUUGAAUUAAAUGUCCUUGUAUAAAUAUAAGAGUAACGAAAUAAGCGAUCGAUAUGAUAUAUAAGAGCA